GAGAUCAUGGCCAAACGAGUCGCCAUCAUUGGAGCUGGUGUGAGUGGACUGACUUCCAUUAAAUGCUGUUUGGAAGAAGGUCUGGAGCCCACCUGUUUUGAGAGAAGUGAUGACAUUGGAGGUCUGUGGAAAUUUACUGAAAACUCUGGACAUGGAAUGACUCAAGUCUACAAAUCUGUGGUGACCAAUGUGUGCAAGGAGAUGACAUGUUUUAGUGACUUCCCCUUCCAAGAAGAUUAUCCCAACUACAUGAACCAUGCAAAGUUGUUGGAAUAUCUUCGUUCCUAUGUUGACCACUUUGACCUUCUGAAAUACAUUCACUUAAAGACGACUGUGUGCAGUGUGACAAAACGCCCAGACUUCUCUGUCUCUGGCCAGUGGAAUGUGGUGACAGAUAAAGAAGGGAAGCAAACUACAGCUGUCUUUGAUGCAGUCAUGAUUUGCACAGGACUCUACCAGAAUCCUCGCUUACCUCUAGAGUCCUUCCCUGGAAUCAACAUAUUUCAAGGCCAGACUCUGCAUAGUCAGGAAUACAGGAGCCCAGGACGUUUUCAGGGUAAAAAGGUCCUUGUGAUUGGGCUUGGGAACAGUGGAGGUGAUAUUGCUGUAGAACUCAGUCGUGUGGCAUCUCAGGUGUUUCUCAGUACUAGAAGUGGUACCUGGGUCCUCAGUCGUCUUUCUAAAGAUGGCUACCCCUUUCUUAUGAUCUUCACUACAAGAUUUCUUCACAUGGUUUCAGGCAUGCUGUUUUCGCCCUUAAGAAACUGGAUGAUGAUGAAACAAAUUACAAAAUGGUUUAACCACAAGAAUUAUGGAUUGAAUAUUCCUAAGGGGCAAACACAAACGUUAAUUAUAAAUGAUGAGCUCCCAAGCUAUAUCCUUUGUGGUGCUAUCACUGUAAAGGCCAACGUGGAAGAGUUUACAGAAACCUCUGCCAUCUUUGAAGAUGGGACAGUGGAAGAAGACAUUGAUGCAGUGAUUUUUGCUACUGGAUACACAUUCUCCUUUCCCUUCCUUGAAGAACCUACAAGAACUUUGUGCAAAAAUAGGAUCUACCUGUACAAACAUGUAUUUCCUUCAAACUUGGAAAAGUCAACAAUGGCUAUCAUGGGUCACAUCAGUGUUAAAGGAGCCAUCUUGCCAACUGUAGAACUCCAGGGACGAUGGGUCACAAGGGUCUUUAAGGGGUUAUGCAAGAUACCACCACCAAGUCAAUUGAUGGCAGAUGCUACCAGAAAGGAGGAGCUUGUUAAAAGGGGCAUCAUUCAGGAUCCCAACAAUGAGAAACUGGACUAUAUCGAUGUCUUGGAUGAACUUGCCAGAUAUAUAGGAGCAAAGCCCAGAAUUUUAUCUUUGUUCCUUAAGGAUCCCAGGCUGGGAAAAGAAGUUUUCUUUGGUCCCUGCACCCCUUACCAGUACCGACUGACAGGACCUGGGAAAUGGGAAGGAGCCAGAAAUGCCAUUUUGACUCAGUGGGACCGGACCCUCAAGCCCUUACAAACUCGAGUUGUUGAUGAUUUUUCUGAGCCUACUGUUGUGCCUCAUUGGCUAAAGAUCUGGUUGGGGACACCUGUGCUGUUCUUUGCUGUUUUGCUUGCUUAUAAAUCUUCCUUUCAUAUAAGAUUGUCUGGAAUAGGCAAACUAGGGAAUAGACUUUCCACUUACCUAGCCAGUAAUUGGCAAGGGUGAAUAACACCUAAGUAACAAGAACUCCUCUCUACCUCCUCUUCUAUCUGCUUCUCACAAACUUCCUCACAUGGUGGCAAGUAUAUAGAAUGGCAUUCAAGAAAGGGUCCUAGGAUUAGAUAGCACAAUUCAGUAUCCUUUUGCUGACAUACUUGUUCCUCCUUACUUUGCUGACUGGGCUCUGCUUCCUUGACGGGGUUAAUCUCAAUAAUCAUUUACCCUGGGCUCUAACCCCUUCCCUGGCUUUGUCAGCCUCUUCCACUUAAGCUAAAACUCUCAGUACUGACCUCUUCCAGUUCUCUUAUUUCAUGUUACCUAUGACUCAGAAAGGAACAGACUUGAAUAUUCAAUGGCACUGUCCCUUUUGGCCUAUUCUCUGACAAUUUGCAUAGCAUUAUUUUCUCCCCCCUCUGCUACAUGUACUUGAGGGUGCAUUUUUGUGAAAUCUCUACCUUUCUGUCAUGAUUGAUCCCUUAGGCUAUCACAAUUGGCCACACAGAUGUUAUUUGCCUGAUUUUAUCUUUCUUAUUCUACCCCACCCCUAAACUCACCAAACUUUCUUGUUUCUGUUCAGAUCAUCAUCUUUCUGGAAACUCAGAUGUUUUAACCUCUUUAUUCAUCUCUUAAUCAGUUUCUCCCCCUCUCCCUUCCAUCUUUCUCAAAACUGUUUUCUUGCCUAAUACAAACUACUGAGUCCCUCCAAGAUCUCAUUCAACCCUAAUUUUCCAGUCUUGUUUCAAAUAAAAUGAAUAACAUAUCCAGGGCACUUUACUAACAUCAAAUUACUAUAUAAAUUUUAGCUA